AUGCUCAAGUCUGACCUGAGUCUGAGGGAGAUCCUGAUGAUAUUUGAUCGCAAUCUGGAUGGACUGGUGUCAUACUCGGAACUCGACGAGGCGAUCAGGAAGUUGAACAUAGGCUUGUCCAACCCUCAGGUUAAGAUCCUGAUGAGGACCAUUUUCGCGAGCUGUCUGGACGGCACCAGCGACGGCAAGGCUGACAUCGUGGAGUUCCUGAGCAAGCUGAAGGUCAUUUAUUCCGAGUCCAUCAAGUACCAUCCCACCGAGGAGUGGAUGGAGAGGGCGCUACCUUCAAUAGGAAGGCUGAUUCUCUCCAACAGGGUCGAGGCUGCAGCUCGCUACUACAACCCAAACAACAAGACUGACAACCUCGAGAAGGAAAAGAGCGAGAUCAACAGGAGGCGGUCCUCGGCCAUAAGGGCGUUUGCUCUAUUCCAGAAGUUCCAGGAGUACGACAAGGCUGGCGAGGGCCUGCUUUCAUACGACGACUUCGUGAAGGCGCUGAAAACUCUGGAUCUCAGCAAGGUCGAGGACGAAAUCGGCGUUAAGUUAACUGAUCACCACCUCAAGGAGCUCGCUAGAAUGAUCGACGUCACCAAGGCUGAAAAGAUCAACUAUCUGGAGUUCUUACAGGCCUUCUACGUGGUAGAUGAGAGCAAGUACUCGGUCGUAAACGAGGUAAUUUUAAUCGUUUCAUCACUUACUUUCCAGAUGUGGGACCACAUAUGUGCAACCAUGUACAAGCACAAGAACAGCCUCAAAAAGGCUCUAGGUCACUACGACACCGAGCACGUUGGCAAGGUCUACGUGCACGAGUUCAAGGACGUUCUCUAUGCGCUGUACGAUAUACUGGGGAAGACCGAGGCGCCUCUGACCUUCGAGCAGACUGAAGUUCUCGUGGAAUGUAUCGACACGAACGAGGAGGGCAUGAUCCUCUAUGAUGAGUUCUUGGAAUCCUUCAGACCCAUGUACACACUCACCAAGUAA